AUGGUUUGGUCGUUGUGGUUGGAGUCAGUCAGAGCUUACCGGAGCCUUCUAUCGUGCCUAACUGUACUGUCGCUUCCUCUUUGUUCAUUCAUCAUGGUAUAUCAGUUAAUAUGUUGCCUUAAAAGAAAUCACUUGAAAGGAGAUGGUACACCCACUGAACAGAAAUCUAGAAGAGGGUACUACGUACGAAAAAAUAGAACUCCUACUGAAAUCAAAGCUGCAAAGGAAUUAGAGUCAUGGAAAAACAGUAUUUCGGAUAUUUCAACUUGUGACAUUAUUAAUCCGCCUUCUUACGACUGUGGAAUGGGUGACGCCGGUAUAGAGGCUAAAAUUCGACAUAGGACAUUAAAUUGGUAUCCAGAACUAAGACUUCAGCCACGGUCAAUAACCAGAAAAAACUAUGCAAAAUUUGAUCGCUCUCUGAUCACCAAACAUCCACCCCACGAAGGUGUUGCAAGUGCGCUCACUCCACAAGCAAUGCAGGAAAGGAAAGCAAAGUAUAAGGACAAACAUAUCACGUGGGAAUCUGAUUGUCCUGUGUUCAUUGUCUACGGAUACGAUGUAUGUCGUGGAGAAUUAGACUACGAUGAAAACACAAUGGACGAUCUAAGUUACAGAGAAGCGGAAGAAAUCGAGAAAAGCGUAGAUAAAGCGCUGUUGCCGAGGACUCCGAAUAAAGAAAAUUCGAAGUCAAGCAGUGCGAAGAAAAAUUGA